AUGCGGCUGGACAUCUUGGCUUCCAUCCUCUCGGCGGCCUCCCUCGUCGUUGCUCAUGGCGCAGUCACAUCUUACGAGAUCGGUGGCACCACCUAUCCAGGCUAUACAGGUUACUCGCCAUCAACCUCCCCGCCGACUAUCGAGAGACAAUGGCCCGACUAUAACCCAAUCCUGUCCGUCAGCGAUCCAAUGAUGACCUGCAAUGGCGGAACGUCAGCCGCUCUAAAUGCCACCGUCGCUCCCGGCGAAAAUGUUACCGCCAUCUGGGCCCAGUGGACCCAUCAGCAGGGCCCUGUCAUGGUGUGGAUGUACGACUGCGGCAGCGACUUCUCAUCCUGCGACGGCAAGUCACAGAAGUGGUUCAAAAUUGAUCAGAUGGGCAUGACGGCGCCCCCCCUGACUGGCACGAGCUGGGGAACGGCCAUUGUUGCAGCGACCCUCAAGUGGACAAGCACCAUCCCCACGAACCUGGCUCCGGGCAACUAUCUCAUCCGCCACGAGCUGCUGGCUAUUCACCAAGCCAACACGCCCCAAUUUUACCCCGAGUGCGCACAACUUGUCGUCACUGGAAGCGGAACAGCAGCCGCGCCCUCCAGCUUUCUAUAUUCGAUUCCGGCUUAUGCUUCGGCGACCGACCCAGGUAUUGACAUUGACAUUUACACUAGCACUGCCACAACAUACACAAUUCCCGCUGGCGAUGUGUACUCUGGAUUUGAAUUCUAG